CAAUUCCCUAGUGACCAAGUUAGGUACAAAUAUUAGAAUAUAUAAUAAACCCUACUUUUUCUUUUUUCUUUUUCAUUUAUAUAUAUAUAUAUAUAAGUAAAAUUUUCCUUGUCUAUUUUUAAAAUGGGAUUGUUCUUAGGAUUGGAUGGAUGCGAUUAUGCAGGAAUCUAAUUCCUUUAGAUCAUUAGAUGCUGCAAUAUUAUUUUCUUUUUCUUCUUUCUGUGUACUAUCAGAUGCUGUCUGCAAUGACAAAAUGAAAGUGCAAUUGCUUAAUUACUCUACUCUAUUUAUUUAUCUAUAUAUUCCAAAGAAAAAGAGAGAAAAACAAAAAGAAAGAGAGAGACUAGAAGGUGUUCUUUUGGUGUAAAUUGUCAUUUUUAACCUCAUUGGGGGCAUGGAAUUUCUGUUAUAUCCUAAUAUAUUUUCUUCACUUUAAUCUACUGUACUUGACCACUAUUGGUGUGAUAUAAAACACACACACACACACAAACUCUUCACUUGGGUGAAUAAAUCAAAUUUUUUACUUUGAACCAAUCGAGAGGAGAGUGUGUUUGGCUUGGCCUUUGAGCCACGACGGUCUACAUCCUUUACUAUACCAUCCAACUCAAACAGUUUUUCUUAAAUUGUGUGGGGCAUGUCUGUUAACAUUAACAUUAUGUGAAGUUUACUGAUAUUUAUGAAUAUAAAUCUUUAAUAUCAACAAAUAAAGUGCGGAAAGUCCCUCCAAAAGGUCAGAAGUUUCGGUAUGAGAUAAAUUAUUAAUUGGGCUUGGUCCAUUGAAUUCAUUGCAUGGAGCCCAACAAAAUGGACAAUUGUAUUGGGAGUAAUAAACAAGGCCCGAAGCUCACUCAUGGGCCCUUAGCCUUUAGCCCUUUCAUUUGAUCAUUUAUUAGUUUUUAGUUUUAGUUAUUUUAUUUUAUUUUAUUUUUUAAAAAAAUUAUGAUAGCGCGUUUUUCCCAACAUUCAAACCAAAGAUGUCUGGAAAGUGUUUGUGAGAAUGCCCAUCGUCAACUCCAUCGCUAGCUCUGUGGACAUCAAAACUCUUCGAAGAUCCCCAAGAUUUCUACCUUCCACUGAACAGCAGGAAUUUCCCACUACGCGGAGAUCUCUUAGGUUUCUGCGAAAGAAUGAAAUUUCAUCUCCCACAACCCCGACGUUCCGCCGUGCUCUGUCCCCAAUCCGCCAGGUACACUCUUCCCACGCUUCUCUCGAACCUUCUAACGAUGUUUCUCUUAAAACCCCUAAAUCUGUUCGUGUAAAUACCCCGAAAAGAGCGAGUAAAUCUGGUGUUGUUUCGAGUAAAAACAAGGGUUCGAGUACUGGGUCGAAAAAGUAUUCGAUAUUUGAAAAUGUGUUUGAGGAAAAAUGGGCUCCAAGACGAUCUCCUAGGUUAUCCUGUGCGCCGAAGAUUGACAAUGCGCUCGAGGGUCGUAACACGAAAGUUUCAAAGAGUUCAAUUUCCUCUGGGGGGUGGUUGAAUGAUUUGAAAAAUCCAAGCCCUAAUGUGAGAAGAUCUCCAAGAUUCAGUAAUGGAGUUGGGGGGAAUCGAAGUAUCGGCAAGUCCCACAUUUUUUCGGGUCAGCAAGCUGGUCUCGAGAAGAGUAGCCGAAAACGGGAGAAUCAUACUGGUUCGAGAAGAACGACUGGGUCAUUACGUGACCUGAAUGUUGAUGCAAGUGUGAGCUCCCAUGGGGAAAAAGUGGCCGCAGGAGAGAGGCAGAGGGGAAAUUCUGCUGAUCGUGAGGAUAUUGCAACAAAAGCUGAGGGAACACAAGUAGUUGAUGGAGAAAUGGAAAAAAAAUCAGUGGGUACAAGGAAAAGAAAGCGAGAGGAUGGCGUGGUUGGGAUUAGACAAGGGUGGACUAAGGAACAGGAAGUCGCGUUGCAGAGAGCAUAUUAUGUUGCAAAGCCCACUCCCCAAUUUUGGAAGAAGGUUUCCAAAUUGGUGCCUGGAAAGUCUGCCCAAGAUUGCUUCGACAAAGUUCAUUCUGAUCAUAUGACUCCUCCUCAACCUCGGCCUCGAUUCAGAACACGGAGUACAAAAUCAUCUCCAACGGAACUCUUGUUUUCAGAGGGCGAGCUUCUAAAUCUUGAUAGUGCGAAGUCGAGAAAGCCUAGUCGCAAGAGUCAGAAAAGCCAUAAUGCACAGAAAGCUGUGAGAUAUUUGUUAGAGAAGAACUUUCAGGGGGCCAUUAACUAUGAGGCCGAUUUGUUCUCGCAACUCGAGCCAAAUAUUAAUCUCUCUAACCAUACUCCUCUUCCAAGUAAACAACUCUCUAGCAUGAUAGAUUUACAGGGAAACCAAGGAUUCCUCCAUGGGAGAUCCUUGUCGAAUCACAAGAAGCCACUUUCUAGAUUUAGCACCUCAGUUGAGAGAGUUGUUAGUCCACCAGUAUUGAAACAGGUGAAGAACAGGGUCUUGCACGAGAAGUAUAUCGACCAGUUACAUUGUAGGGAAGCAAAGAGAAAAUCAAUGUCAAAAUGCAGAAAAAGUUGCAUCUCCAAAGAGGAGGGUUCAAAGGGAAUCCAUACCACAAGAACUAAUGACCUUAGAGCUGCUAAAAAUGCAUUAAUUUCUGAUGCAAGGGAUGCCAUCCAACAAUUUCAACACUUGGAAGCCAAUGCAACGAACAAUAUUCCUGAUUUUGAAGACGGCGAAGAUUUUUGCUACAAUGUCGAUUAUGAUAAUGAAGAUGAUCCUUGAUACAUGCAAUUUUUUUAACUUCGCCUAAAUGCCUUGGAUAACAUGGAUCUGUGUAUAAAGAGAGUUUUCCUUACGAUUUUGUGUAGUUACUAACUUUCAGCAAUUCCAGUCUAUGUUAAUUGCAAUUCUUGAAGCCUUUCAGUCUUUA